GUAUUUCCAUUGUUAGAGCGGUCAUUCGGCUCUCUUGUCAAUAUAAUAGAUACUCUUCGCCUUUAUAUCUCCUCAACCAAUCAACACUCCCUUUGAAUAAGGAUAGUCCCCUUUUCGUUGGCUAUUUGCUGACGGACUUGAAUUUGGUUUCAAGAGUUGAGACAAGGAAGAGUUGAGUGGGACAAGGUAAGUUCAGUUACAUUUUAAAGAGUGAAAUAGAUAAACAUACUUACUGUCCUGAAAUAGGUAAUAUAGCCUACUGUUCUUCACACUAAAUCGUCUAUAAGAGAGCAUUGCAAAAUGUUUUGGAUUCUUUAGUUUUGGGGAACACACUCAAUAAGAAAAUAUUUGUUUUGACAGUGGUGUGUGUGCAGGUAAGCACAGUAGGUUAGUAUGAUCCAUCCUCCACAUUCAGAUUUUACCCAAAGGAAUCUUCGCUUUGGUCUUAUUUGCCAAUAAUGUAGGCCUAAGUUUGGGCUGUCAAUGACAAGGAAAUGUCAUUUUGAACCACAUUUAGAAUACAAUGGAAUCACUUAUCAACAAUUAUGUUAAAGAUUAUCUGAAUAAAUAUUUAAUGCCAAAUUUAGCUUAGUUAGAAUUAUGCCUAUUAUUGACAGUGUGAGUUCAAUGACAUAAUAACCAAGCUAAAAUAGGUCCCCUCCCUACAUAUUGUAGGCUAUUGCUCUACACAUUAUGUAUUUGUCUAAAUGUAUAUUUAUAUAUUUGAACAAUGUUUGAAUAAAUUGUUAAAUGUACCCUACUGGGACCUGUAGGCUAUAACUAGAAAAACAGUAAGCUAGUAGUUCAAACAGCCACUACAGUAGGUCAUGAGAACACUCGUUUUCUGUAACAACCUGUUCAGUUCUUCUUGAUCUGCAGCAGACUGAUAGAACCAACUAACUGUAAAUGGGAAGUCGACUAACAUUUUCCUCUUACAUUUUACAUUUUAGUCAUUUUAGCAGACGCUCUUAUCCAGAGUGACUUACAGUUAGUGAGUGCAUACACUCUUCCCACCUUUUUAAUAAAACACAAUACGCUAUUACUGUUGUGAGUGUGAGUAUGAUAUGUUUUUGGUCUUAAAUAAUAAUACAAAUAGUUAAAUGGUAAGCUAACCCAUUCAUAAACGCUAACUACCUUUAGCGCCUAUUGUCGAUAGUGUCUUCUGAGGCGGAAAGUUUUGUUAAGAGCCCCGAUGCUUGUUCUGAACAAUAAAACGGAUCGCUUGCGUUCCGGUUUUGGGAACGUAUCUUUCAUAUCAUCGAUAAAUAAUAAUAAUAAAAAAAAAAAAGGUUAAAUUACUACACACCUUUGUUAGGGUUAGUGUUCCCACAUGGUCAUAUCUCCAUAUUACAGGGUGUGUUUAUGGAAGACAAACAAACGGAAGACAGGCGACCACCAUUGUUAAUUAGCUACAGUGCCUUCAGAAAGUAUUCACACCACAUUACUUUUCUACAUUUUGUUGUGUUACAAAGUGGGUUUAAUAUAGAUUUUUUAAAUAUAUUUCUUUUGUCAACGAUCUACACAAAAUACUCUCUAAUGUCAAAGUGGAAGAAAAUUGUAACAUUUGUAAAAAAUAUAUGAAAAAUAAAACACUAAUAUAUGUAUAUAUAUAUGUGUAUAUAUAUAUAUAUAUAUAUAUAUAUAUAUAUAUAUAUAUAUAUAUAUAUAUAUAUAUAUAUAUAUAUAUAUUGGUAUUCAACCCCCUGAAUCAAUGCAUGUUAGAAUCACCUUUCUAAGUAUGUCUCUAAGAGCUUUACACACCUGGCUUGUGCAACAUUUGCCCAUUAUUCUUUUCAAAAUUCUUCAAGCUCUGUCAAAUUGGUUGUUAAUCAUUGCUAGACAACCAUUUUCAGGUCUUGCCAUAGAUUUUCAAGCAGAUUUAAGUCAAAACUGUAACUCGGCCACAUUCACUGUCUUCUUGGUAAGAAACUCCAGUUUAGAUUUGGCCUUGUGUUUUAGGUUAUUGUCCUGCUGAAAGGUGAAUUAAUCUCCCAUUGUCUCGUGGAAAGCAGACUGAACCAGUUUUUUCUCUGGGAUUUUGCGUGUGCUUAGCUCCAUUCUGUUUUUUUUAUCCUGGAAAAACUCACCAGUCCUUAACGAUUACAAGCAUACCCAUAACAUGAUGCAGCCACCACUAUGCUUGAUAAUAUGGAGAGUGGUUCUCAGUAAUGUGUUGUAUUGGAUUUGCUCCAAACAUUACACUUUGUAUUCAGGACAAAAAGUUGCAAACAGGAUGCAUGUUUUAGAAUAUUUGUAUUCUGUACAGGCUUCCUUCUUUUCACUCUGUCAAUUAGUUUAGUAUUGUGGAGUAACUACAAUGUUGUUGAUCCAUCCUCAGUUUUCUCCUAUCACAGCCAUUAAACUCUGUAACUGUUUUAAAGUCACCAUUGGCCUCAUGGUGAAAUCCCUGAGCAGUUUUCUUCCUCUCCGGCAACUGAGUUAGGAAGGACGCCUGUAUCUUUGUAGUGAUACACUUUGUAGUGAUAGUAGACCCACUCCAAUUUGCAUACUGCCCCCAACCGAUCCACAGAUGACACAAUCUCAAUCGCACUCCACACUGCCCUUUCCCACCUGGACAAAAGGAACACCUAUGUGAGAAUGCUGUUCAUUGACUACAGCUCAGUGUUCAACACCAUAGUGCCCACAAAGCUCCUUACUAAGCUAAGGACCAUGGGACUAAACACCUCCCUCUGCAACUCGAUCCUAGACUCCCUGACGAGCCGCCCCCAGGUGGUAAGGGUAGGCAACAACACAUCUGCCCCGCUGAUCCUCAACACGGGGGCCCUUCAGGGGUGCGUGCUUAGUCCCCUCUGGUACUCCCUGUUCACCGACGAUUGCGUGGCUAAGCACGACUCCAACACCAUCGUUGAGUUUGCUGACGACACAACAGUGGUAGGCCUGAUCACUGACAAUGAUGAGACAGCCUAUAGGGAGGAGGUCAGAGACCUGGAAGUGUGGUGCCAGGACAACAACCUCUCCCUCAACAUGAGCAAGACAAAGGAGCUGAUCGUGGACUACAGGAAAAGGAGGGCCGAACACGCCCCCAUUCACAUCGACGGGUCUGUAGUGGAGUGGAUCGAGAGUUUCAAGUUCCUUGGUGGAAGGCCCAAAAAAAUUGUCAAAGAUUCCAGUCACCCAAGUCAUAGACUGUUCUCUCUGCUACCACACAGCAAGCGGUACCGGAGCGCCAAGUCUAGGUCCAAAAGGCUCCUUAACAGCUUCUACCCCCAAUUAAUCAAAUGGCCACCAGGACUAUUUACACACCCCCUGUAUAUAGCUUCAUUAUUGUUAUUUUAUUGUGUUACUUUUUAUUUUAUUUUUUACUUUAGUUUAUUUAGCUAAUAUUUUCUUAACUCUAUUUCUUGAACUGCAUUGUUGAUUAAGGGCUUGUAAGGAUUUCAUGGUAAGGUCUACACCUGUUGUAUUUGGCGCAUGUGACAACAAUUUUUUGAUUUGAUUUGACUGGGUGGAUUGAUACACCAUCCAAAGUGUAAAUAAUAACUUCAAGAUGCUCAAACGGAUAUUCAAUGUCUGCUUUUCUUAUAUUUACCCAUCUACCGAUAGGUGUACUUAUUUUUGAGGCAUUGGAAAACCUCCCUGGUCUUUGUGGUUGAAUCUGUGUUUGAAAUUCACUGCUCGAUUGAGGGACUGAUAUUUGUAUGUGUGGGGUACAGAGAUGAGGUAGUCAUUCAAACAUCAUGUUAAGCACUAUUAUUGCACACAGAGGGAGUCCAUGCAAUUUAUGCUUGCCAUAACAAUGGGGUUGAAUACUUAUUGACUCAAUACAUUUCAGCUCUUCAUUUGUUAUUAAUUUGUAAAAAUGUUUUAAAAAAACAUAAUUCCACUGACAUUAUGGGGUAUUGUGUGUACGCCAGUGACAAAAAAAAUUCUCUAUUUAAUACAUUUUCAAUUCAGGCUGUAACACAACAAAAUGUGGAAAAAGUCAAGUGGUGUGAAUACUUUCUGAAGGCACUGUAUCUAGCAUGCUCCAAACACCUGUGUGUAAUGGAAGAAGGCCACCAGAAGUGUGUUGUAACUGAAUAAAUAGUGUCGGCUGCAACUGUGAUGAAGCCGGUUAGAACAGUGUACAGUAAGUGUAUAUUUUGCAUUUGUGAAAUUAUUUUGAUGUGAUAUGAAAGUAAAGGGCUUUAGGUUUCUAGAACCAUAUUGCAAUUGAGAAUUGAUUCACGUAUAGAUAGUUUUUGGGUGCCAGAGCCAGUCUACCUCUGAAAAUAACAUAUAAGGCCAUUGGACCUUAAGGAGUAAGAGUAGGCUCCUUAAGAGUACAUUCUUGGGCAAGUCAUGAGAAUACUCCUUGUUGUUAUCUGUAACAGCCAGCUCAGUUCUUCUUUAUCUGUAACAGACUGAUAGAACCAAUUGUAAAUGGUGACGUGGCAAAUUACACUUUGCUUCUUGAAAAUCCUAUGUCUUGAAAACUUGACUGCUGACAUGCAAAACAUUUUUGGACUGUAUCAACAGUGGACUAAUGAAGAAAAUAUAAACCGUUUUUGAGUAGAUUUUUCCUUUUAAAGGGCAAGUCCACCACUUUUCAAGUUCUACAUCAUGGGAAGCAAGAACCCUCUUCCUAGAAACUCAUUGCAGGUUUUGAAAAUCACUUUUUUAAAAACGUUUAAUCCUACCCCGUGAUGACACAGAGGAGCAUUUUAUAGGACCUUUCUUCUCAUAGAAAUGAGCUGUUUUAAGAUAUGUAGACACUGGUUUGGUGCCAGGGCCGUAGGGUUUGAGUUUUAGUGAGAUCCGGAAUGGAGAUAAUUUUUUAAAUUUUGUUUCAUUUACUGCAUUUCUAUACAAUAAAAAUUUUUUUUUUACAAUGCUAUUUGGAGAACAGCAGAAACAAGCAAAAAUCACCCCAGCCAUUAUCACCUUGGCUGCUGUAGGUUCAUUCACUUCAGUCGAUUUACAAAAAAAUAUACAAUUGUAAUGUUAUACCCCUGAAAGGGGGGAAAUAUGAUACAUUAUUCACACUGACACAUAGCAUCAGCAUCAGCGACAAAACAAAAACAUUUGACAUUUUUAGAACUCUAUUGUUUGCAUUUUGAUUGCAUUUUAAUGUAGGCCUAGGCCUAUAGGGAAGAUGGGCCAUGUGGAGAUGUUCAUACUGAAACAUACACUACCGUUCAAAAGUUUGGGGUCACUUAGAAAUGUCCUUGUUUUCGAAAGAAAAGCAGUUUUUUUGUCCAUUAAAAUAACAUCAAAUUGAUCAGAAAUACAGUGUAGAUAUUGUUAAUGUUGUAAAUGGCUAUUGUAGCUGGAAACGGCUGAUUUUUAAUGGAAUAUCUACAUAGGUGUACAGAGGCCCAUUAUCAGCAACCAUCAGUCCUCUGUUCCAAUGGCACGUUGUGUUUGCUAAUCCAAGUUUAUCAUUUUAAAAGGCUAAUUGAUAAUUAGAAAACCCUUUUGCAAUUAUGUUAGCACAGCUGAAAACUGUUGUGCUGAUUAAAGAAGCAAUAAAACUGUCCUUCUUGAGACUAGUUGAGUAUCUGGAGCAUCAGCAAUUGUGGGUUCGAUUACAGGCUCAAAAUGGCCAGAAACAAAUAACUUUCUUCAGAAAAUUGUCAUUCUAUUCUUGUUCUGAGAAAUGAAGGCUAUUCCAUGCAAGAAAUUGCCAAGAAACUGAAGAUCUCGUACAACGCUGUGUACUACUCCCUUCACAGAACAGCGCAAACUGGCUCUAACCAGAAUAGAAAGAGGAGUGGGAGGCCCCGGUGCACAACUGAGCAAGAGGACAAAUACAUUAGAGUGUCUAGUUUGAGAAACAGACGCCUCACAGGUCCUCAACUGGCAGCUUAAUUAAAUAGUACCAGCAAAACACCAGUCUCAACGUCAACAGUGAAGAGGCGACUCCGGGAUGCUGACCUUCUAGGCAGAGUUGCAAAGAAAAAGCCUGCCCAUCUUAAUCUUUUCGUUUUAUUGGCCAGUCUCGACUUCAUCUCGGGCCUAACAACACCCGUGCCAAUAUAUCCUCCAAACACUGGCUUCUCUGCCAUUAUCACUUAAAUAAUCAGAUCACAUUGUGACGUCAUGAAGUGGGCCAAAAGUUCCAUCCCACCUGAACAGGCUAAAAUUCCAGGAUCUUUUUUUCAAACAGCUCUUACACAAAAAGGGCAUUAUGAUCAUUUCACAAUUUCAGAGUUUAUAUUUAGACCUCAUAGUGUGGAAACAUCAUUAAAAAAACAGGAACACGUUUUUUACUGCACUGGGCCUUUAAUAAAACACCAGCUAUUACUGAUGUGAGUGUGAGCUGAUGAGUAAGAAUAGUCUUAAAAUAAUAAUACAAAUAGUUAUAUGGUAAGCUAACUGAGAAACAGAAUAAAAAAAACCUAAACCUAAUAGUCAACCCAUGACCAAAACAAUCAAUCAGUCACAGUAUGUCCUUAAAUGAAACAGCAAGGUGUUAGUGGUAGGCAGUUGACCAAAUUGAUCCAAGAAAAGCUAGAAUAGGUUAUAACUGGCUAGCAAAUACUCUUUACAGUGAACUAUCUUCUUCGUCUUUUUACAAACGUUAGAGGUGCCUACUGCCACCUAUCGUGUACAAUCCAAUAUACUCGGUGAUGGGAAAAUGGAAACCCCUUCCUCUAGGUCUGAAAAAAAUAUCAGUUAACCCUCUUACAAGGAGUGGGUCAUACCAAGUCACUACUCCAGAGAUUUGACAUCUUAAAUACAGAUUGGCAAUACACUUAUAAUAAAAGAAUGGCAUUCAUAAAUGUAUCAGCAUAGAACAAGAUAAUGCAGAGCUCAUACAUUUUAUAUUCUCAAAAUAACAAACCGGGAGAAACUAAUCCCCUGCACAAAAAUUGGUGCCUUGAAACUGGGUAUACAUAGACCUCGCCAGCUUGUAGUCCUAAAAACCUUAAAUGAGUUACAUCUGGUUCAUUCAGCCAUUCUUAUGGGGAAAUUGAAUGGGGGAAAAAUAUAAGGUCUGAGGUUAACAAAAAUCUUACACGUUUAGUUCUAUGAGAUAAUAUCAGUCAGUUAACAUGACGUUUAUGAAUUAUGAAGCCUUUAUGUGCAUUGUGUUUUCUGAAUUAAAUAAAUGCUUCAAAAUUCACAAAUAGUGACAUUAGCUGAUGAAGAUUAUCUCAUAGAACAAAAAGUAUAAGAUCUCCUAAGCCUGUGUUUACCACAGACGUUAUUUUCAGCGUUAAUCCAAAAACCAUUAAUUUCCCCAUAGGUUUUGUUAAACGAACCAUCGCAGAGCUAGUGCCUACAAAAAAACGCCAUUACUAUGGCUCUCUAUUGGACACACCAAUUUUUUUCUCUCACAAUGAUCUAUUGAUUUGCAUUUAUACAGUUAGAAAUACAUUACUUUUAAAUACUGCAAAAGGCAUAAUAAUUAGCUGACCUUGAAAAUCAAAUGCUUGUGUGAGAGCAAUUAUUGAUAUGACUGUGAGCGUCAACCAAACAAAGCAAGGUGAAGGUGAAUGGUUCCUUGCAUAUCUCCGACCACAAUGGUGAUAAUGUUAUAAAUACUGGGGUAAUCCUCCAGCAUAAUAGGUAACGUAUGGGCAUAGAUUUAAGGAACACGUAGACAAUCAAACCAAUUCAAUAGCAGGAGAAUAAAGGGAGACAUUAGCCUAAUUAGGCCUAAUGGAAUGCCCACACUGUGCAAGGCCGGCGAUAGGCCGCAUACUCACACAACUUUAAAUCGGAAGUCAACUAACAUUGUCCUCUUCCCACUUUCUUUAUAAAGCACCAUCAAAGAAAGUCAAUAUGAUUUUCCAUCCUCUCUGGCACAAUACUGUAGGCCUAUGUGUGAGCUAUUGAGUAGCCUAAGAAUCAUUUUGUCUUUUGUAAAAAAAUAAAAUAAAUAAAAAUGGCAAGCUAGCUGAGAAGCAGAAUAAGCAGAGGCCUACCCAUGACCAAAAAUCCCAUUAGUCAGUUACAGUAUUUUGUAUGACCCUGGACUCUCAUAAAACGCCAUCUUUAUAACUUGUAUAACCUUUAUUAUAACCUCUGUAUUGUUUUGUCUUUCCAGAUGCCGGGUCCACAUCUCCUGUUAGUGGUGGUGGUGGCUAUGUGUUUAAUAAAUACAGCCUUUGGCUUCGCCAAUGGAAAAGUGUCUCUGGCAUGCGGAGAUAUGAUGCCACAGCAUGGCCAUGACUCCAGCUCUAAACCUGCUCCUUAUAACAUCACCCUGGACAAACCCACAUUCAGCCCUGGUGACCAUAUCACAGGUAGCCUACUUUAUAUUUGUUGGGUUGGGACAAUGGAAAAAUACAAAUGUCUGAGUUUUUCUCUUUCUUUCUAUUACCAGUGACCUUACUGGUUGUUCCCAUGUCUGGGAGCACCUCCUUCAAAGGUUUCCUGAUUGAAGCGAGGGAUGCUGAGAACCCAGACGGUCCUGCUGUUGGAUCAUUCAGCCUCCUCAACCCUUCUGAGUCACAGCUCCUACAUUGUGGCCACACACAGGUAGAGAUGAUGUUACCCGACCUCAAUUACAUACUACAUGAUUGUUGGAAGCAUAAGCUAAGUAUUGUAAAGCUCUGGCUGUCUGGAAUUACUAUUCGGUUGCGUUUGAAUAUCAUGCCGUCUUCAACAACCUUCACCAGCCAUAUCAUUAUUAAAACAUACAAGAUGCUACUUGUCUCAGCCACACACCUCAAUAGAGUUAUUACUGUGUGAGAGAGGUUUAUUGUAUGAUACUCAACCCUGUCAUUUUGAAGGGAUCUGCAGUAAGCCACACCAGCAAAUCCAAGAAGACAGAGAUACAGGCCUUGUGGGAGGCUCCAAAAAACCCCCCAGCGAGCGUCCAAUUUAUGUGAGUAAUUAUCUCCUUUAUUCUCACUAUGCCAAUCUCUAAAUGUCCUAUUUUUCCAUUCUAUUGCUAAUGUGUUGUUGAUGUUGUACUGAAUCAGAAUGUCACUACUCACUAUCAAUGCUGACAGUUAUGUAAGUUGUUUUGGAUAAAAAGCUUCUGCUAAAUGACCAUGUUAUUAUCAUUCUAUUGUUGUUUCAGGGCCACAGUGGUGCAGAAGUAUAAAGUCUACUGGGUGCAGAUCCCAGGGCCGGUGGUGUUUCUGAACGGGGCGACAGGGGUUCCACCACCAAACCCCACCCCCACCCCCACCUCCACUACUGCUGCUGUGACUACACCUCUGUCUGUACUGACCAGACCUGUGAGUCACUCACCACCAGGAUUUUCUCUAAGUAUAUACAGAAGAGACUGAGGAUGAAUCAGCAUAAUGUUUACACUGACCGACAGGCUGUGGAUGAUUAUUAUGGCUGAUGAUAGGUGAUGGAAAGUUUAACCCUCUCUCUCUCGCUCUUCCUCUCUCUCUUCCUCUCCCUCAGUUCAGCUCAGAGGGGUGUGGUAGGAGUAAGUCCUGUCUGCGUGACCCUGUGGGAUGCGACCCAGAUAGAGACCCUCUGUGCUUUUUCCUCUCCUUCACUCCAGAGGAGCGGACUGUGCUGUUUGAGCUCAGUGGACCAGCUGAUGGAUACCUGUCCUUCGCCCUGUCGCUGGACAAAUAUAUGGUUGGUAUGACCCCAGAAAGCCUACCAAAGAAGGAUUCUAUAACCACUUGGAGCUUGUGUGGACUUAAAUGAUAUGGUAUUUCAGUAUGGCAUAUGCACAGUGAGAUUUGUUUUAUGAAGCCUUACAAUAUAAUUGUAACUCAUUUGAGUUUUGUGUAUUUAUGUGUAGGGGAAUGAUGAUGUAUACCUGUGUGUGAGAGAUGGGGACAGUGUGGACAUCAAUGCUGCUUAUGCCUCCGGCCGAACUCACCCUGAAUUGGCCUCUGAGGUACACAAAAUUUAUGUUUAGCAAAGUUCUGAUAAAAAUAUGAAAUAACAGUUUUGUGACUGUAGAUGUUUUUUGUUGUUGUGUUAUUUGCUUGUUGCUUGUUGUUUGUUUUAGAUGGUUGUUUCAUAGAUUGACAUCUGUAGUACCUAACUGAUCUUUGACCUAUGACCUUUUGUGUUCUCUCUAGAAUGUUCUGUCAGACACAGCUUGGCAGCUGGCAGAUGGGGUCAUCCAGUGUCGUUUCCGUAGAGACAUACUCCUCCCCCGUCAGAUUGCGAGCAGGUUCAGCCUGGACCAGAGCUAUUUCCUGUUCAUAGCCCACGGGAGGGCUGGAGAUGGUAUGACCAUGUGUCUUUGUCAUGCUUUUCCUAUUUGUUUACCAGCCUUUGGUCGCAUACUGUAUAAUACUGUAGUCUCCUAAGUAUGAUUGAUUAUUCCUAUUGUGCCAGAUAUAUAUUGUAGAUGCUGGUUCUGAACUUGACAUCUACUAUGGUUAGAUUAAACAUUCCUGACCUCAACCCCUCAUUGUUGACUCAGGUGUGGGCUAAGCUGUGCCAAGUGUUUUGAACGAGCUCACUGCUGUUUUGUACGUGGGUUUUCUGGUUUAAGCUGUGGUUAUCUAGUACAGUAGUCAUACCCGCCAUGUGAAUGUGUGUGUGAAUCACGUGCCAAUAAUAAAACAUUGGUAAAUUGUUCCAACAUCUAUUUACCACAAUGCUUAACUGGCAGUGCUGGAUCUAGUGUUGGUGCCAGACUCUGUAAAAACGAACAUAGACAUUAUCUUCAUCCAUCCAUCUUAAGGUGUGAUCCAUAGACAUGACCAUCAGCCUCUGAUAUCCACUCAUCAGACCGUCAUCACAGGACCCCCUGAGGAUCUAGCUGGCUCCAGGUCUCCCCUGCUCAUUAAGUUCCAUGGUAAGCCUGUAGUUUACAGAAAGAUAAGCCUUUUAUGACCUGCCUUGUUUGAAUAGGAAGUGUUGCAACAAAUACAUACAUUUCAUUACUUAAUAUAACACGCGUUUAACACUAAGUUCCAUACAUUUGUUUCAGUAUAUGUCUGGCUCAUACAAACACAGAGAACUAAGUGUAUACCCCUCUGUAUCCCCAGGUGUGUUUAUGCUUGUGGCCUGGAUGACGACAGUGACCACAGGGGUCAUCAUCGCACGCUACUUCAAACAUGACUGGCCAGAAACAACACUAUUUGGACGCAGGCUAUGGUUUCAGGUAAAGACUUUGUUUAAAGUGUUAUGUCUUGAUUAAUAUAUUUGGUUAAUUCUAAGGCUUGUUGUUUGAGCAUUAGCCAUCACUAUCUUUCUAAUUUCCUCCCGAAAACAACUGUUAUUUCAACCAUAUUUUCGUGAUGGUGAUGUAGUAUUUUGUGAAUGUCUCUACAGGUGCACCGAGCCUUGAUGAUCCUGACCGUGCUAUUAACCUGUGUGGGAUUCUCACUACCCUUCAUCUACCGAGGUGGUUGGAGCAGGGUAAGACUGGAAUACCUCCCUUAGUCAACACCACACCCUACACAUCUGGCAGUCAGUCACUCCAUCUGUCUGUCUGUGUAUUUCUGCCUGGCUGGCCAUAUAUUGUAUCUUUAUAAUUUGGCUGCUUGAGUGCCUGUGUGUCUUUCUUUGAAUCAGAUUUCUUCGAAUGUCUGUCUUAGAACCGAAUCAUCACCACUCAGCAGUGUGUCAUGUUCUCCCUUUUCUGUCAUGCUGCCUCCUCCACCAAGCUGUCUGUCUGCCUUAGUCAUUUUGUCCCUGCUGGACAGAGAAGGACAAGAGAGAGAAUGUUGAGUGCUGUAGUGAAGCCAAGGAACCAAUUAUCACUGACUUACAAUGCUGAAUAACUUUCAUUCCUUCAGCGUAAGCAUGUAUGGGAGAACAAUAAUUUGUUGGAAUGACAUUGAUCAAUGGUUGAAAUGAUCUGCACCCGUUUAUCUUUUUAAGGAAGGCUUUUAAUUUGUCUAAUUUUUGUCCACUUUGCCUCCUGCCAAAAUACAUAAUUUAAUUUCUGUGCUAUUCUCCCCAUCUAGAGGUCACCCUUCCCUUCAAGUGCUACAGAGCCAGCUGGAAGACCAAUUAUAAUUUAGUAUACUACAAAAACUCCAAGAUGUAUUUUAUUUUGAGAGCCUAUCUUGUGUGCCAGUUCAAUUCUUGUUAUUUCCAGGGACUUCUGGAUCCAUUGGUUUGAUCCUCUCCUCUCUAUCUUCGUCUGUAGUGUUACUGCAGUGUUGUUCAGAGGUUCCUGUAGUGUUGUUCUAGUGUUGCUCAGAUACCUAUAGUGUUGUUCAGAGGUUCCUGUAGUGUUGUUCUAGUGUUACUCAGAUACCUAUAGUGUUGUUCAGAGGUUCCUGUAGUGUUGUUCUAGUCUUACUCAGAUACCUAUAGUGUUGUUCAGAGGUUCCUGUAGUGUUCUAGCGUUGCUCAGAUACCUAUAGUGUUGUUCAGAGGUUCCUGUAGUGUUCUAGCGUUGCUCAGAUACCUAUAGUGUUGUUCAGAGGUUCCUGUAGUGUUCUAGCGUUGCUCAGAUACCUAUAGAGUUGUUCAGAGGUUCCUGUAGGGUUCUAGCGUUGCUCAGAUACCUAUAGUGUUGUUCAGAGGUUCCUGUAGUGUUCUAGCGUUGCUCAGAUAUCUAUAGUGUUGUUCAGAGGUUCCUGUAGUGUUGUUCUAGUGUUGCUCAGAUACCUAUAGUGUUGUUCAGAGGUUCCUGUAGUGUUCUAGUGUUGCUCAGAUACCUAUAGUGUUGUUCAGAGGUUCCUGUAGUGUUGUUAUAGUGUUGCUCAGAUACCUAUAGUGUUGUUCACCUCUACUGUGUCUAAUGCUGUAAUGUCAUAGUAGUGUAAUACUGUUGCUCUGCACUGUCUCCAUCAGCAUGCCGGCUCCCACCCUUACCUGGGCUGUACUGUCAUGGCUCUAUCUUUUAUCCAGCCUAUCAUGGCCCUCCUCAGACCUGCCACAGACUCCUCACGGUACAACCUAAAGCCUCCUACAGUGAUCAGUUUCUGAGAUACGUCAAACACGUUAGCUAUCUAUAUUGUGUGGCAGGAUCCAGGAAUCAACUGUGCUGUAUUUUACUGUCUUUCCACAGAAGGUACAUAUUCAACUGGAUGCAUUUGGGAACAGGCACUAUUGCACGGAUACUUGCAGGUUAGAUGUUCAUCUUAAUCCUAACAUAACAAUGUUGACAUGAUGAUGAAGAUUAUUAUUAUCUUGAUAUACGGAUAAUGAUGCCAACAAUAAUAACAAUGUUUAGUACAAUGACUACGACAGCAACAAUGGUGUAUCCAAACCUAGUGAUUGCAACAACCUUCUCUACCUUGUCAAUCAUAACCCCAGUAUUUCUCCUGUUGUAGUUGUGGCCAUCUUCCUAGGUAUCCAGCAGCAGGCCUUGCUUCUCCCUGGCCCCUGGUCCACUGGUGUCCUGGCGGGCUGCGUAGUCUGGGGAGUCCUGGUAGAGCUGCUACUGGAGUUCCACAGUAAAGCGGUCAUCGUAACAGGUUGCUUUCUUUUUAUUUUAAUUAGAUGUAUUUAUUCAGGUAAAUCGAUUAAGAAUACAUUCUUAUUGACAAUGGCAACCUUCUCCGUGUUGUUAUUUUCUUUCCCACUUCCUAUCCUUUCCAACAAUUGUUAACUUUUAAUAUGUCCCUGGUUCUGGAACCGCUGAAUUAGACCUUUGAUAACAAUGCAAUUAUUUGACUGUUUAAUAAUCAUUGUUGUCUUGCUUGGAGGGAACAAAUCAAUUACACAGUCUGAUUCCAUUAAGCAUAGAAGAGAAUUGAAAACGAAUUGUUUGGUGCGUGGGCAGGAAUGCUAAGCAGGUUUAAAUGUCAACAAAAAAACACUAGUCUUUAUAACGACAGACUUGAUGUGGGUAUGUAAAAUCAAUCAGGUAAAAUCAGUUUUCACUUGUUGAGAUGUCUUCCUUGAUUACAGUAAUUGGGGUCUGCAUAUUUCUCUUACCGUAAGGUUUAAAUGUAUAUAAAAUAGUUAUUUUCAGGGAUGUACUAGUCACACAGAGCCAAAUAUCUCCAUGUAUUCUAUUGAAUACUGGAACUCUGUGGUAAAUCUCUAACCUCUGUACAGGGAGGACUCUUGCUGAGGACGAAGAAAAGAUUCUGGGUACUCACUCGGAUAAUGAGAGACAGAGAAAGGUAAGCUUGAAACAAAUGUAUCAAUUAUAUAAAAAAUGUUCUUAUAUUUUUGAGAAGUGUUGUUCUUUAUAAUAAGUUUGCCCACAGUGAUUUUAUUUUGACUCCAAUUUCUUUCAGGUAUCUCGAUUCAGAAAGAUUGUCUUUGCUGUGUUCCUCUUGGGUAAUGUUGGAUUUCUGUCUGUUCUCAUAAACACCAUAAGAAAUGUGUGACUGGGAAUCACAUACUCCUUGUUAGGGGUCAUUGUAGACAAUAAUAGUAUAGAUUAUGUAUAGUUUUUUUAUUACUCAAGCCAUGUUGCUCUAUUUUACACUACUACCAUUGCCUUUUUUAAAGUUUCCAAUGAACAUAUUGAAACCUAUUCAUAAAAAAUGGCAAAUGGAUGAACAACAUUUGUAUUUAAGAACGACAUCUGUCUGCUUAUUUGAAUAAAUAUGUUACAUCAUCUUAGGAUACUCUUUAUAAAUCCCCCCUUUAUAAAUGGUCCUCUGUAGCUCAAUUGGUA